GUUCCAGAUUCGGUCAAAGACUACACGCUCAGACGGAGAAGGGAUCAGAUAAAAGCAAGUGUACAGAACCUGGAGGUUGAGAGGAACUCGCGGCUUGCCCCGGAUCGGCGAUUUACCCACACCGAAAAUCGCACCCAAAGGAUCCCUGUCGAAGCGAAAGACGAGGGGCACUAAAAAAAUUUAAGCUGUCUUGCGAGCUUUCACUUCGUCCUCACACCCUGUUCUUCACGCCUCUCACCCUCCUUUACAAUUAAAAUCACUUCCGAGAAGUCCAAUAAUUAUCUGCAAGAAUGGCUGUCAACGGUGACCACAAGACCUAUGCUCUCUCUGAGUCUCACAAGGAUCUCUUGGAGAAGUCCCUUUUGGAGACUGACCCAGAGAUCGCAGAGAUUAUGAAACUCGAGAUUCAACGUCAACGAGAAUCCAUUAUCCUGAUCGCCUCCGAAAAUGUUACCUCCCGCGCUGUUUUCGAUGCAUUGGGAUCGCCAAUGUCCAAUAAAUACUCCGAGGGCUACCCAGGUGCUAGAUACUACGGUGGAAAUCAACACAUUGACUCAAUUGAGUUGACCUGCCAAGCUCGUGCCCUGAAAGCUUUCAACCUCGACUCUGACAAAUGGGGCGUCAAUGUUCAGUGCUUGAGUGGCAGCCCUGCCAAUCUGCAAGUCUAUCAGGCUAUCAUGAGACCUCAUGAGAGACUAAUGGGUCUUGACUUGCCACACGGUGGCCAUUUGAGCCACGGCUACCAAACUCCUCAGCGAAAGAUCUCCGCGGUCUCGACUUACUUCGAAACCUUCCCAUACCGAGUCAAUCUCGAGACUGGUAUUAUCGAUUAUGACAAACUUGAGGAGAAUGCACUUAUGUACAGACCCAAGGUUCUCGUUGCAGGAACAUCCGCAUACUGUCGAUUGAUCGACUAUGCUCGUAUGCGUCAAAUUGCCGAUCUUGUUGGAGCAUACCUUGUUGUCGACAUGGCUCACAUCUCUGGUCUCAUUGCUGCUGGUGUUAUUCCAAGUCCUUUCGAGCAUGCUGAUAUCGUUACCACUACAACCCACAAAUCUCUUCGUGGUCCUCGUGGUGCCAUGAUCUUCUUCCGUAAGGGUGUCCGCAAGACUGAUGCAAAGACCGGCAAGGAGACACUCUAUGAUCUUGAGGGCCCAAUCAACUUUUCCGUCUUCCCCGGCCACCAAGGUGGACCCCACAACCACACCAUUACCGCUCUCGCGGUCGCCUUGAAGCAAGCAACUACUCCUGAGUUCAAGCAAUAUCAAGAGCAAGUCGUCAAGAACGCCAAGGCUCUUGAGAUCGAGCUCAAGAAGCUCGGUUACAAGCUCGUGGCUGACGGUACUGACUCUCACAUGGUUCUCCUUGAUCUCCGACCCCAAGCACUCGAUGGUGCUCGUAUCGAGGCUGUCUUGGAGCAAGUCAACAUUGCUUGCAACAAGAACGCCAUCCCGGGCGACAAGUCUGCUCUGAGCCCCGGUGGUCUCCGUAUCGGAACCCCGGCUAUGACCAGCCGUGGUUUCGGCGAAGAGGACUUCAACAGAGUCGCAAGCUACAUUGAUCAAUGUAUCAAGAUCUGCAAGGAAGUCCAAGGCGCCCUUCCCAAGCCAGACAACAAGCUUAAGGACUUCAAAGCCAAGGUUGCUGGUGGUGAGAUUGAGAAGAUCAAUGCUAUGAGAAAGGAGAUCUCCAGCUGGGCUUCCACCUUCCCUCUUCCAGUUGAGGGAUGGAGAAUGGACUAA